CUGAUGCAGAAGAGCCCAGUGACAUAGGAAGGCUCCUGCCAUGAGAUGGAAGGAGAUGUGGGGCCCGAGCCGCUGCUUGGAGGAGAGCUGCCUCCUGAUCUACUGUUUUGGACUUUACACGAGCAAGAAAGCGUUUCCCAAAGUGUAUUCUGCGGAACUAGCACCUACUGUGUUCUCAACACCGUGCCACCUAUAGAAGAUGAUCAUGGGAACAGCAAUAGUAGUCAUGUAAAAAUCUUUUUACCGAAAAAGCUGCUUGAAUGUCUGCCGAAAUGUUCAAGUUUACCCAAAGAGAGGCACCGUUGGAACACUAAUGAG